AGCACCUUUCAAUGAAGAAUAAAAUACAGAAAGUGUUUAUUUCCCAUUUGAACUUCAUUGCCCAUGGUGCCCUGGGGCGUGUCGUUGUACGGCAUCGCAUGUUUUCCUUCCUCGCGCGUGGGUUCAUUGCUAGGGAAUUCUGAGGCGGGAGCUGGUAACAUGGCAGACGAGGAGGACACGGCGUCGGAUCCUGCCGCCGCCUCAUCAGCGGAGAGCCCUCACACUGACCGGCCUCAUUCUGUUUCUUUCUCCGAUAGCGUCCAACCGGCCGUCGGGAUGGUGAGCCAGCUGCUAACCCAUCCCUCUUCCCUCAAGUUUGAUAAAAACAUAAAACAGGCCUUCUACAACACAGGGGCGAUGAUCUUUGUGGCUAUCUGCUGUGGGGCAGCUGUCCUGGUCUACUUCAUCCUGGAGGCCUUCCUCCGCCCGCUGCUGUGGGCAGUGCUCUGCGGCACCUUCCUCCACCCCUUCAAAUACUCCCUGGCCCGGAUCGGCCGCUCGUGGCUCAGCGGCCUGCAGGACACCGGGACGCCCAUCGUGGUGGGGACGCUGCUGGUACCAGUGUGGUGUGUGAACUACGGGGUGGAGGCGAUGGGCAGGCUGCUGCUGGCGAGGCUCACACUGCUGCUAGCGAUCGGGGCCGGGGCGCCGCUGGUUUACUUCCUGUACCUUUUCUGGAGCGUCAUCGGCAUGCAGGUGAUCAUCGGGCACGUCUGUGGGAUCAUCGGGGCCACGCUGGACUGUUUCCACGCUGUGUGGGUAUGCACUGUUGUGUUUGGCUACGUGUUGGCUGUUUGUUUCAUGUGGAGUCCCCAGAUUGAGUGCUACCUGAGGGCCCUGGCUCUUCCAGUGUGGUCCAUCUUGCUCUUUUACACUGUGUCUCUGACCGGCUCGUGGAGAGUGCCCAUAUUUGUGGUUGUGGUUAUACUCCUCUUUGUGGGCUCUCAAGAGAAACCACCUGUUCCUGGCAGAGGAGAGCUGUCAGGGCAGGUGUUGUCAUUUGCUGCUAAUACAAUUUACAUGGCAAUCUCCUGUAGCAACCUUCAGCUGAAAAGUGAGCCCAGUCAAGACGAUGCCACAGAUGGUGUGCAGUCUGUGGGCCCGCUUCCUGCCACCCCUGGGUUCUCUCGUUCGUUACCAGGUGGCCUCUUCCAGAAAGAGAGACGCUCCCACAGAGCCAGUGAUAUCUACUUUAUUAUGCUGCUCUGGGCCAUAGUCCUGGUUCAGAUCUGGCUCAACCUAUGGAUCCUACAACUGCUGCCUAUCCCUGUGGCUGUGUGGGUGUUGAAGAAGCUGGUGGUUCGCUUUGGCCUAAAGAGCUUUGCAGAGCGGACUCUCGCCUCGUGGUGGGCAAUGUUGGAGAUAUUUGGACGUGAGCGAGAGGAGGCCCUGCUGCCUGGACCAAUCAAAGGCUUGACUCAGUUCCUGCUUCGUAUUGAUACCAAGCUCUGGCAUUGGCUUAACAAGCAGAUGAUUGUAUGGCUGGAGCGAUCUCUGGAUAAAAUCAUCAGCAUCUUCAUCAUCUUCCUCCUAGUCACAGGGACACUGCUCAUGGCUCUGCUGCUCACUGCUAUGGUUCAUCAUGAAAGCGCUCACAUCAUCGAGGUAACCAGUAACCUCAUCAAUGAGACGGUGUCUAACCAUCCAGAAUGGGCCAAUUGGCUGCCUGAGGCUCGUGUGGUCCAGAAGGCUCUGAAUUCAGCCGCUACUAACGUCUAUCAGCAUGGGAGGGAAUGGAUAACACAGAAGCUGCAUAAGAUGUUAGGAGACAAGGUGAACCACACGGCUGUGAUUGAGAAACAGGUUUUGGAGCUUUGGGACCGCCUGUACCACUCUUGGUUUGUGAAGAACAUGACCUAUUCUGGACGCCAUCGUGGUCACAAGAUGAUGGUUCAGAGACAGAACAGCUGGCUAGUGGACAUUCUGGACUGGAAGGACAUCGCCUCAUUUCUACAGGAGAAUAUAGAGACAUUACUGUCUAUUUUGGAGUCACUGUGGGUUGUAAUGAGUAGAAAUGUUGGCCUCCUCAUCUCCACGACGACCACGCUCUUUACCGUCUUGUUCCACAGUGGCACGGCUCUGCUCAACUUUGCUCUGAGUCUGGUGAUCUUCCUGACCACUCUCUUUUACCUGCUGAGCUCCAGUGGUGAAUACUACAAGCCUGUAAAAUGGGUGAUCAGCCUGACUCCCCUCUCCCAGCCUGGACCUUCCUCCAAUAUCAUAGGCCAGUCUGUAGAAGAGGCCAUCAGAGGAGUGUUUGACGCCUCUCUGAAAAUGGCGGGCUUCUACGGCCUCUACACUUGGCUCACUCACACCAUCUUUGGCAUCAACAUUGUCUUCAUUCCUUCUGCUCUGGCUGCCAUCCUGGGAGCGGUGCCCUUCCUGGGGACCUACUGGGCAGCGGUGCCAGCAGUGUGUGACCUGUGGUUGGUGCAGGGCGAAAGUGUCAAGGCUGUGCUGCUGCUGGUUUGCCAUCUGCUUCCGACAUAUUUUGUAGACACAGCCAUCUACUCCGAUAUCUCCGGGGGUGGACACCCGUAUCUGACAGGGUUGGCGGUGGCAGGUGGAGCAUACUACCUCGGUCUGGAGGGGGCCAUCAUUGGGCCCAUCCUGCUCUGCAUUUUGGUGGUGGCAGCCAACAUCUACAGUGCCAUGCUGAUGAGCCCCAGCUCUGCAGCGCAGACACCAGUGCAGACACUCUGGUCUCCCCACCCCCUGAGGACCUUCACAGAAUCCACCCCCUCUGUCCUGAAGAAGACCAAUGAGUGAAAGCAAGAGGGGGUGUUCCUUUGGAACAUUGUCUGGAUUCCUAUUGGCCAAUUCCUCAGGGGAAGAGCUCCUCCCUACGCCACCCAGCUCUACAGGCAUGAGCCCUGACCAAGAAGAGAUGGCGGUGUAAUGGCUAAUAAUGUGAUGUCGCCUGCCUACGGUACCUGCCUACCACCCGCUCUCAUUCAGGACCCUGAAAUGACAAGAGUGAGUGUACGCCCUUAUCCCAAACAUGGACCAAUGAUAUCACAUUGGGUAUUAUGAUUAUAAAUGCCAGAGAUGUUGAUGCUAAUCCGAACAUCUUUCAGAACUUAGGGCCCAAGUUGAUUUUGUAACAUUGCGAAAUUGCUCAAAUUAUUGCGGUUGUGAAUUUUAAAAUGGUUUUUAUCUACAAAGGCCCCGAUUUCCACCUUGUGCAUCCCGGCUGUGUCCCAGUUACAGUAUGUGGUUGUGCAGUAUUUGUACUCCCUACCUCUCUAUUCAGUGGAGGCUCAAGUAAAGGCUGGUUUAUGUGGAAGUAAAUCCCUGCCCAGAUGUUUGAGGGCGCUCUAACCAAAUUUUGAGCUUUGCUGACUAGCGCUGUUGUGUGGCAGCCUUGUCGUCAUCGGUGUGUGAAUGGUGUAUAAUCUCUCUCUGUAAAGCGCUUUGGCCAGUGCAUAAAAGCGCUAUAUAAAUACAGUCCAUUUACCAUUUACUUUGCAACUCGGCAUUUCAGAGCACACAGGCACAAAAUUUGUAAGAGCAGAAUCAGAGAGCGCAAUCCUGCCAUGUGUUCACAUGUUUCUAAGUCUGCGCUCGCAGAUUUCUCCACUGGGGAGUUUUGAGCACUAUUCAGUUUGCAAAUCCGUGCCUGUGCACUCUCAAAUUCUGCUUUGCAAAGUGAAAGGGCACAAAAAGUUGAGAUUACGCUCUCAGACCUGGUUAUGUGUUUACAUUAUGUACCUGCACAUGCACAAAUACUGAGUUGCAAAUGCAGCACUCAAAAUGUGGUUCGUGAGCCCUGGUUCAUUUUGGUGGAGAUGUACUUCCAUUGGUUUGUGUCGAGAUGAACCGACACAGAUGCAGCCACGCCUGGCUCAAAAGAUGGAGUUAUUGUUUUAAAGUUGAAUGUUUCAUUCACAUUUCAGCGAUAAUAGCUGAGUUCACAGCACUAGAUCUCAGCUUUAACAAAUGCAUACACCCCUUCUCUCCUGGACCAGGCUUUGUUACCAUUGUUUCACUUUUUUAAUUGUCUGUGUGGUUGAGCCAUAGCAAAUGUCACAGCUUUUUUUUUUUUAUGGCUGCAGGCUUAGGCUGAUGAUGAUGACUACUUUAGUGGGUCAGAUUAGACAACCUGCUUUCAGGGGGUUUAGUCUGAGACCAGAGGAUUACUGGGGGUUCUGGUUUUUACAUUAUUUAAAUUGUUUUUCAAUUUUAAGUGUGUUUUUUCUUUUUAAACAAACUGAAUGCACUGAUGCAACCAAGAUUUUCAUUGUCAGCAUGCUGAGCUGAUCUGUCAGUACUGAAGCAUGUUUACACCCAGAAGACCUUGACAAGUUGUUGACUUUUGUGAGCACUUUUUGUACGACUGAUUUUCACCCACACAACGGGCCUCAUGUAUAAUUUCUACUCACCUCUUCCACUCUUGCAUUUGUCCACUUCAUACAGUCAGAGCACUUUUCUGAAAGGAGAGUACGAAGUAGUUUACAUCACUUGAAGCUUUAAUAAAUGAGCUGUGCACAUGAAUUGUGUAUUUAUAUAUGACACUUUGAUCAUUCAUGGCUACUGUGUUAGCUGUCGGGGGAUGGUGAUGCGUUCUGGGUUGGAACAAGCAGCGUUUUUCACUCUUUCGUUAACAUACUAUUUUUUAAUUACCAGAUAUGCACUGACAAACAUCGUUUGAAUUGCAGUGGCUUUGCUGGGUACCUCAUUCGUAGCACCUAAUGACUGUUUUCAUUGUUUGUUUUUAUUCAUCUAUCAAAUGUUUGAUCUAUAAAAUUUUAAGAAAUAUUAAAAAUGAUUCACAAUUUCUCAGAGCUCGUUUUGUCUGAUUACGUAUUGAAUUUCCAAUUCUGCAAUGUUUCAGAUGUACAUUUGUGAAAUACAGUAAAAGUACUCUGUCGCCAAGGAAGCAAUGUUUUUAUUGGCAUUUGUUCACAGCACAACUCAAAAAGUUAAUGAACGGAUUUUGGUGACAUUAUGGCCCACAGAACAACCCAUUAGAUUUUGGUGCUGAUCUGGAUCCAGGAAUUUUUUAAAGGCUUCUUAACAUUGUGAUAUAGGACCAGUUUAAAUACUUUUGCUCCCACCUUUUACACGAUGCCUAUCAUUGACAAAAACUGCAUGAUAACAUCUGCAUAAGAUCAACCACAAAGUAUGAUCUGGAUCCAAGUACUGUAAUAUUCCAGAUGUGGUGAUCCCAAAUAAUCUACUGUGAAACAACGAACGAUGCUACAAACUUGCAACUAAGAUCCAAUUCUAGCUGAAACCCUGCUGACUCAGUAGGAUGUCAACAGAUUUGACACCUUCAAAAGUUAAUGAGCUAGAUCCUGAAGAAAACCGCCAUUACUGAAAUAGUUUUUAUGGAAUAAUGUUCAAAGUAACAGUGAUAUGAAUGUGAUUUUAGAUACUAGAGGUAGAUUU